CAGCUUUUCAACCGGAUUUACUCCUUUUUCAACUUGUCAGCAGCAUUAAAAAUGAAAUACCUUUUCGUGGUUGCCCUCAUUGCCUUGGCCAUUCAGUGUGCCUACUGCGCCUCCGCAACAACUACAACAACCGCUGCCUCGACCACGACAACAACCACAGAUGCAACAACCACCACAACCGCCUCUUCCACCCACAAGAAGCGUUGUUGGAAGGGCAACAACUGGUGCCACACCAGGAUUCCCAACAAGAAGUGCAAGCACCCAAGAAGGUGCCACAAGACCGUCGUCAUUGUAACCCAUCGGAAAAACUAAAGACCACUACCUGAUUUUUAAUACAA